ACACGAGCUUCGCACGUGCCGACGCCCACCGGAACGCUCCAUUUUAACCCCUUUCCUCGAAAGAACCCCAACUUUCUCCCCCCAUCGCAUGGCUUCCAUCUCCGGCGUCUGCUCCCCCUCCUCCGCCGUCCGUCUCCGUAGGUCACUCCCCGUCCCGUACUCCGUCCAUCUCCGCCACAUCCGCCCGCUUCGAUCCGUCGCAGACCUCCACCGUUCAUCCUCCUCUGCAUCAUCAGCCCCAUCGGCUGACGCCUCUCUCCCCGUGGAGAAGGUCGAGAAGAGAUCCGUCGAGAAGAACCCAAUUAAUCUAUGGCACCGUUAUGUCGACUGGCUCUACCAGCACAAGGAGCUCGGUCUCUUUCUCGACGUUAGCCGGAUUGGGUUCACCGACGAGUUCUUUGACCUGAUGGAGCCUCGGCUUCAAAAGGCGUUCGUAGCAAUGCAGGAUCUCGAGAAGGGGGCAAUCGCCAACCCCGAUGAGGGUCGCAUGGUCGGCCAUUACUGGCUGCGGAACUCGAAGCUCGCACCCACUUCAUUCUUGAGGCUCCAGAUAGAGAACACGCUCGAUUCCAUCUGCAAGUUUGCCAAUGACGUUAUUAGUGCAAAGAUUAAACCUCCAUCUCCAGCUGGACGCUUUACCCAAGUGCUGUCUGUAGGAAUUGGCGGUUCAGCUUUAGGCCCUCAAUUUGUUGCGGAGGCAUUGGCUCCUGACAAUCCUCCUCUGAAGAUAAGGUUUAUUGAUAAUACAGAUCCAGCUGGCAUUGAUCAUCAAAUUGCACAGCUUGGGCCUGAGCUUUCAUCAACCCUUGUAAUUGUAAUCUCAAAGAGUGGAGGCACCCCUGAGACCCGAAAUGGUUUGUUGGAAGUGCAGAAGGCCUUUCGAGAAGCUGGGCUAGAUUUUUCAAAACAGGGCGUUGCAAUUACUCAGGAAAACUCCUUAUUGGAUAAUACAGCUAAGAUCGAAGGGUGGUUAGCAAGAUUUCCUAUGUUCGACUGGGUUGGCGGUAGAACCUCAGAACUGUCUGCUGUUGGUUUACUCCCUGCUGCACUCCAAGGGAUUGACAUUAAAGAAAUGCUUGCUGGUGCAUCAUUGAUGGAUGAAGCAACUCGCUUGUCAGUGGUCAAGAAUAAUCCUGCAGCAUUACUUGCUUUAUGUUGGUAUUGGGCUUCUGAUGGUGUUGGAUCUAAGGACAUGGUUGUACUUCCUUACAAGGAUAGCUUAUUGCUCUUUAGUAGGUAUCUGCAGCAGUUAGUCAUGGAAUCCCUUGGAAAGGAAUUUGAUCUCAAUGGAAAUCGGGUUAAUCAAGGACUUUCAGUGUAUGGAAAUAAAGGAAGCACGGACCAGCAUGCGUACAUACAGCAGUUGAGAGAAGGGGUACACAAUUUUUUUGUUACUUUCAUUGAGGUAUUACGUGACAGGCCACCUGGUCAUGACUGGGAGCUGGAACCAGGGGUUACAUGUGGCGAUUAUUUAUUUGGAAUGUUGCAGGGUACACGAUCAGCGCUAUAUGCAAAUGAUCGUGAAUCAAUCACAGUGACAGUACAAGAAGUGACUCCUAGAAGUGUAGGAGCAUUAAUUGCUCUCUAUGAACGUGCUGUUGGAAUUUAUGCACAGUUGGUCAAUAUCAAUGCGUAUCAUCAACCUGGUGUGGAAGCUGGGAAGAAAGCUGCUGGUGAAGUAUUAGCUCUGCAGAAGAGGAUCCUGACCGUUUUAAGCGAGGCUAGCUGCAAACAGCCUGUUGAGCCACUUUCACUUGAGGAAAUUGCCGAACGAUGUCAUGUCCCAGAGCAGAUAGAAAUGAUCUACAAGAUAAUAGCACAUAUGGCUGCAAAUGAUAGAGCAUUGAUCGCCGAAGGCAGUUGCGGUUCACCACGAAGCAUCAAGGUUUACCUCGGCGAGUGUAAUAUAGAUGAGUUGCUUGCUUGAUCUUGUUGGUUUUGUUACAUUGCAACUACAAGGUAAAUGAAAUCGGAGGUUGGAAGUCGCAUUAUAAUCCCCCCUUGUGGAUAGUUUACAAGUGAAUUUGUGGCAGAAAUAAAAUCUGAAACCCGUUGGUUUCACGCAUUUAUUUUCAUAUUUUGUUUUCAUCGUGACAUGUAGAGGGGCUUUGAAUAAGAAAACCAUUUUGAGAUUACUGCACUGUGUUUGUAUUUGCCAGAUAUUAAUUCAUUCCGCUUGGUUCCAAAUCA